UGGGCCGGGGCGGGUGUGUCCGAAACCCACCAGUGAGGGAGCGGGAGAGCGCGGCCGCCCGGCCCCCACCCCGGAAGGCCCAGGCGUCCGGAGCUACCCGCAGGCUCCCAGCCGGGCACCAUGGCUGCGCUCGCGCCUCUGCGUGACUGCCAGGCCUGGAAGGACGCGAGGCUCCCGCUCUCCACCACAAGCAACGAAGCCUGCAAGCUGUUCGAUGCCACGCUGACCCAGUAUGUAAAAUGGACCAAUGACAAGAGUCUCGGUGGCAUUGAGGGCUGCCUGUCAAAGCUCAAAGCAGCAGAUCCCACCUUCGCGAUGGGCCACGCCAUCUCGAAUGGCCUGGUGCUGAUUGGCACUGGAAGCUCCGUGAAGCUGGACAGAGAGCUGGACCUGGCUGUGAAGACCAUGGUGGAGACUUCAAGAGCCCAGCCGCUGACAAGGCGGGAGCAGCUGCACGUGUCUGCAGUAGAGACAUUUGCCAAGGGGAACUUCCCGAAAGCCUGUGAGCUAUGGGAACAGAUUCUCCAGGACCACCCGACCGACAUGUUGGCCCUGAAAUUUUCCCAUGAUGCUUAUUUUUACCUGGGCUAUCAGGAACAGAUGCGAGAUUCUGUUGCUCGAAUUUACCCCUUCUGGACACCUGACAUCCCCCUAAGCAGCUAUGUGAAAGGCAUCUACUCUUUUGGCUUGAUGGAAACCAACUUCUACGAUCAGGCAAAAAAACUCGCCAGAGAGGCUUUAUCUAUGAACCCGACGGACGCGUGGUCGGUGCACACCAUAGCUCACAUCCACGAGAUGAAAGCAGAGAUCAAGGAUGGGCUGGAAUUCAUGCAGCACUCAGAGGCCCAGUGGAAGGACUCGGAUAUGUUGGCUUGUCAUAACUAUUGGCACUGGGCUUUAUAUCUGAUUGAGAAGAGCUUAAUCAGGAGAACUUUAUUCUUCCAGGGUGAAUAUGAGGCCGCGCUGACCAUCUACGAUACCCACAUCCUUCCCAGCCUGCAGGCCGGCGGUGGAAUGCUGGACAUGGUGGACAGCUGCUCCAUGCUCUACCGCCUGCAGAUGGAAGGGGUGUCUUUGGGCCAGCGGUGGCAGGAUGUCCUCCCUGUGACCCAGAAGCACAGCCGAGACCACGUCCUGCUGUUCAACGACGCACACUUCCUGAUGGCCUCCCUGGGUGCACACGACACCCAGACCACACAGGAGCUGCUGACCACCCUGCGGGAUGCCAGCGAAUCCCCAGGAGAGAACUGCCAGCACCUCCUAGCCCGAGAUGUGGGGCUGCCCCUGUGUCAGGCCCUGGUGGAGACUGAGGCCGGGAACCCUGACCGUGUCCUGGAGCUGCUCCUGCCCAUCCGCUACCGGAUUGUCCAGCUCGGUGGCAGCAAUGCCCAGAGAGAUGUCUUCAACCAGCUACUGAUUCACGCGGCCUUAAACUGCACCUCCAGUGUCCAUAAGAACGUGGCCAGGAGCCUUCUGAUGGAACGUGAUGCCUUGAAGCCCAACUCACCUCUGACCGAGCGGCUCAUCCGCAAGGCGACAUCCGUCCACCUCAUGUAGUGAGCCAGCUUGGCCGCCUCCACCCUGCAGAACCUCAGUGAUGGCCUCGCUAGCGUCCAGUCCGCUGCUCCAUCGGCUUAGGGAAGGGAGACGGCCAGAGCCUGUUUGUUAGGGCUGUUAGAGGGUGAUCUUCAGUUUCACAGGAAAGGGUCAAAGGUUAAUUUUAAAUGUGAUUCUGAAUCUUCUUGCAGUCCUCGAGAAGGGCCCGCAUGUCUUUUUAGCAGCCACAGCCAGUGUAGGUGCUGCUCUCUCCACCUGCCUUACAAAUUCUAUUUCCCAGGGGAAUGUGUCUACUGCCUGGUGGUUCAGGGGUUGGAAGGCAGGGCAGGGGUGGGGGCUAAUUCCGCUGGAAGGAGUCUUCCAGAGGCAGCCUCCCCCCACCAUCUGUCCCCCUACCCACCAGGCUAUCCUUGGGAUGGACCUUUUCAUUUACCAUAUUCUAGACAGGUUCUGUCGUCUCACUGUGUUGCUGUCCCAUGUUUCAGGUGAGGGUACCAAGGGUAGGGGACCUAGUGGCCCGCCUGGUGCCUUUGGCCUCGGCCCCCUGCUGCUGCAGCCACCGCCCUCCUUGCAGAUGAACGCGCACAUGGGGUCCUCCUCUGUCUCUGGGGCGAGCCUUCUGGCCCCUGGCGGGGACUGUGUUGGUACUUGGAGCUGUUUCUCUUUAAACUGCACAUUGGAGGGCUUCAUGUCCACUAUGAUUUUAAUCAUAAACACGCUUCCGAAGUGCAAGGAUUGAACUCAGGCCUGCUGUGUUGUGGCAAAACGCAAAGUGCUGUGAGGUGUGGCUGUGACAAGCUUGGAGCGGUCCUGCAAAUGCCGCCCCUGGCUCCUGCUUCCCCACUGAGCGCCCUCCUGAAUGUGCUGCCGACUCAGUUGUCUGUUCAGCCUUCCUGUGAGGAGUGCUCCCAGUGCACAGAUGUUUUUCAAGUUCCUUCAGUUUGUCCUGAACUUAGGGAGGGAUUCAUCAGGGCAGGAAGUGGGCAGGCCUCCUAGAAGGGAGAGGAGACCUCUAAAUCUAUUGAGUGCCCACAGUUUGCUCAAGCCCAGACUUAAUUCAGGGAUUAAAAUGAAUUAAUCGGUUCCUC